GGGGCUGCAGUGCUCGCGACCCAUUGCUGUGUUUUUGGUUUUGAAGUGAUAUCCAUUCUGCAUCGUGUAGCGUGCGCCGUGUGGCAUGGAUCACAGGGCCAAGGCAAGUCCAAUGAACAUUUAGAGGCUGUAGAGGCUGCGGUGUGGGACGCCCGCAUCAAGCAGUAUCGCUCUUCUUCCAGAGCAUGUAUGCACAUUGGGGCUAUUUGCACCUUUGGUCAAAUGCUGCACUUGCGAUGGAACGACCAUUCGCACUCGCGCUGGCCAUUUGUAAUUUCGAUGGCUGCAUGGUUGAUGCAUUUGGUCAUCAGUUCCAACAUCUUGCAGUUAAAUCGCGUCAGGUCUAGAGUUUUUUUACUUGUGAUGUAUUUGAUGUGCUCCCUUUGGGUCUUCGGCUAUCCAGGUGAUUGCCAGAAUGCUUUGAUUCUCUCAAGCGUCACCAUUUCUGUUCGCUUUGCCGUUGCCACAUUUUUCGUGGAUUUCCAAAUCGCCGUUCCUGCCCAAUCUGUGCUAAGCUUGGUGGAAACUUGGAAUGCUUGGAAGCGUGACCCACAAUCUGUGCACAUCUUCUUUUUUCAUCAGCUUACAGUUCUGGCCUUCAUUUUGGUGUUGGCCGGUCUGAUGGAAUUCAACAGCCGCUCCCGGAUUGCACUGCUGAUAAAUUCGGAGUCCAUGGUCUUCAGCUUUCGCAGGGUGCUACGUGGGGUGUGCGAUGGAGAAAUCUUGCUGGACAGUAAACUGAGAAUUUCAGGGAAUGCGUGUUGCUUGCAGACUUUGCUUAUGACCUCGGACUCUGAUUUCGGCAACAAGAGCUUCGAGGACUUGCUGGUGGAGGAUGAACGCGAACGCUUUCGGAGCUUCAUGUCGGAGCGGAAGCAGGCUGUGGCAUCUGACAUCAGUGCUCCUCCGUGCUUGCGAGUCUCAUUGAAACGCAUGGGCAUUGCUGGGUCAACUUCUUCGGCAUGUCCGCGUGUAGGGGUGGACCUCUUCCACGUGCCACACAUGUUGGGCGAAGAAACGUAUCACCUGAUUGCGCUCAGAGAAGAUUGGGACUCGCGAUCUCCACUAGAAAUCAUUGGAGCUGAUGGAGAUGGAAGCUAUCAUAGUCAUCCCCGCAGUCCUGUGUGCAAUGAAAGGAAAACAGUCAGGAGCUCUCCUCUCUCUGAUUCCUCAGUCUCACAGGUGUCUGGAAACUCGCUCCUGCAGAUUUGCAAGGAGUUGAAGGAGAUGACUUUGCUGGUGGAUGCUACUACGCCACUUUUGGAUGUGGAACAAGCUCACUUGAGCUUUGUUCGCCGCCCCGAUAGCGAGACUGACUCCACCAUGCCUAGUUUGCGACGUUUGGUUCAGCCAACGGAUUGGGGCACAAUUCGCUCUCAGCUCGUGAGUUUCGCUGCCACUGGAAGCAGAGAAAGAGAAGUGCUGAAAAUGAAGUUAAGAUUGCAGGAUGAUUGCAAGAGAUGCCUUGAAGCACGCCGUGUGUAUGUCUCCGCGUUCCUUCCCCCAAAUGGCGAGUCCGAGUCGACCAGCAAGUUAUGUUUACAACUGGAGAGAUUCAAAGUAGCGAGGCCUUCGCAAAAGCAAAGGUCUGAGUUGCAGGGCGUUUAUGAGUGCCAAUCUGAAGGUUCUGACCAGAGUUGAUCGUGUAGAUUUAGAAUUUUGAAAGACUGCUCGAGAAUCAAAUAGAUUCCCAAUGGCUGCUGUAUCUAGAACUUUUUUGCAUGAAGUAUCUAAAGUUGUUGACAUUUCCGUGGGAGCAGGGUUCGAUCCGCACCCAGAGCUCUCUCACUUCCAAAGCUUGGAUAUGGAUGAUAUGGACAGAACAUAGAAGCCAC